GUGCUUGUGCAUUCCGUCUCCACGCUUUCCGAGCAGACAACGCCCAGUUGGAAGAACGUCAGUGACACGAACUUCCAGGUCCUCAACGUGAACCUGGAAGAUUUGGACCUCGAUGGGGGAGAGCUUGGUGGUACCAUCGUCUGGGUCGGUGGCGUUUUGCUACGGUGGUCUGCCAAUGUGUUCCUGGCGUUCUUCUUCUUGGAUGGUGCUGGCACAGACUCCGAGGGUCCGUGGUUUAUCAACACGGUCGAGCUAAAGGCAGAGACAACCUUUGCGCCCAGUGACUACAUCCUCGUCUACGCGGCAUCUGCCCGGGUGCGGAACCUAGUAACAAACAAGUGCUCUUGCUUGGUUCUUCGGGCAGUGCAUGUCACACCAAUGGAGAGCUACUGGCAGCACCAUGCUAGCAAGUUCGCCGGGAAAGCCGACCGACGGGGUACGAUCCGGCGCUACCUCGGUGCUGCUGAGGAGGCAUCCUCAAAGCCAGGAUGCCGGAAACAGGUGCGUCUGGCGAGAUUGAUCUGCCACGUCUGCGGGUGGGUGGCGAAACUGGAGCUGCCGGUGCUAUGCCGCGAUUGCGGUGACCUCACCCCCAUACACCUGCUGGCAAAGAUGCUGAGCACCCUUGAGAAACCGCAAUCAGACGCUCGUCUGGAAGCCAGCCUGGAUACUGCGAGCAGCUGCGUCAAAAAGUGGAGUCAGCAAGCGGAGGUUGUAUGCAGUGAGUCAUUUGAAAGCAUAGAGGCAUUGCAGCAUGAGCUGUCUCUGGCUCUUGCAAGUGAUGAGGACCAAGCAGACGGAAGUCCAGCCAUGGCGAGGGAAUUUCAGCGUUGUAUGUCGCAGUGGCACAGCCUGACACUGGAGGAGCGCAAGGUGAAAGUCUCCGCCUGGGCCUUGCGCCUCAAAGCGUUGCAGGAGGAGACUUCGGUGAGUAAACUGAGGAGGCUGAUCCUCCAACUCACUGCGGCCUUGGCGCCUCCGCGCUUGGCCGCAGCCGAAAGCCAAGUAGGCAGAGUCGAUGGCACGAGAAUUGUAAGUGAGGAGCUGAAGGUGAAGGUAAGCCAGCAAGCUGUCCAGAAGACUUUGCUCCGGUCGCUUGCUUUGUGGCGCUCCCUCAACCUAGACGUUUCAGAGAUUGAGAUAGCGCGCUUGCGCAUCAAACAUCUGACCAACAAGUUUGAAGAAUUUCAUGCCAACUUUGAGUUUGUGGCAUCAUACAGUCUUUGGAGACGCCUCAGAGCCUUUGCCUGCGGUGAGCAAGAAAUCCAUGCGACCUCUGCUGGUGACAAGCAGAAGAAGAAGUGUCAACGACGCCGGCCAGCGGUCCUUUCAGAUGGGCGCAUGUACGAUCCAGGACCACCUCGCAAGAAGCUCAGAACCAUCGAGCAUAGGCCGUCAGAACCGAAGCUUUUGAAAUGUGAGCGCUGCUCCCAUGAGCUCAUCUCUUGCUGGUACUUUGUUCACCCAAAGACAUCCCGAGCUUCAGUGCUGGUGCCCAACACCGGGCACAAGCCGUGCAACGGUCAGGCUGGUGGUGGGUUGAGGGCCUUCUUCAAGCCGGCCGACGGGCUGUUUGCGCACCCGGUGGUGGGGUCAACAUCUGUCAGCAUGGCAAACAGAGCUCUCGCAGAGCAGACGCGGCCAGCCACGCGUUUCAUCCCAGAUGACAGUGGGGCUUUGGCGAUCAGCAUGUUCAGUGCCCCCGUGAAAAAGAUCAACACGGGUUUCAGUGCUCGCCUGUUGCAAUUCACAGAUCUGGAUCUCGACAAUGAUGAGCUUGGUGGCACCCUCUCGUGGACGGAGCACAGUCAGAGCUACAAAGUAGAGUACUACCACAUCUUCUUGGCCACGGAUGACCAGGGAAGCAAUCGAUUGCGGCUCACCAAUGGCAAUGGGCCGGGCAUCUUUCAGAGGUCCUUACUGGAGGAGAUCCCACUCAUAGUCUGGGUGCCUGUCACACAGCAUGCGACGCACUUCUGCAUCUUCCAGGUGAGCUUCACUGACCUGGACCUGGAUGUGUUGGAGUUUGGAGGCAAUCUGACUUGGCAGCAGCCUUCACUGGACACCUCCCUCAUCACGCACUAUUUCGUCUAUUUUGGCUUGGACUCAGCUGGGCUCGACAACCACUACAACUCUUCCGACCUCGAACCGCUUGGUGCGCUAUCGUACGUGGAGAUGGGUGAGGUGCCCUAUGGCACUAACACUUUCGCGGUGCCUGCUGGCACGCUGCGCUCAAGCUACUCUCACUUCCUGGUGUACUCGCGCUCGACCCUGGCGGAAGCGUCGACUCCGGCCUUUCUGUCCUUCUUGGGCGCCUCGCUGAAUGCCUCUGUGACGGAGGUCAACUUCACAGACGAUGCAGCAGGGCUUAAAAGUGACAGAAGCCUUAAGCCUUCAUGA